AAAGGCCAGAGGUAGACCCGUCACCACUCAGUCCCUCGCAUCCGUCCCGCUCACAGCGUCCACUGUCAGACUGCUGAGCUGCUUGAAGGAGAGGACCAGCAGACAUGGACAGAGAGCACCCUCCAUGGAUGCUGCUGCAGCUUUUGAUGCUUCUUCCAGCUGUGGCCGGGUCUGCGGGCCCUCUCACACAUCUGGAGAAUGUAGCCGGGAAGCUGGUCUUCUAUCAGACGCAGGGCAACGCCACCUACGUGAGAGACGCAGGAGAACUGGCAUCACAUGUUCCCACAGAGACCAUGUUCGAGCUCUUCGACCCUCAGAGGAAUUUCAGCACCGCCAAGUUCACCUACACCUGGGAUCUGGGCAACGGAGAAGUGAUCAAGGGGAGCGAGCCGGUGGUCCGCUACCUUUACCCCCAGUCAGGAAACUACACCCUGCGGCUGAAAGUAGGAGCCAACAUGCCCCAGUAUGCACCUCCCAUUACUGGGGUCUACUCCAAGGACGUCCAAGUGCUUGAUGCCAUCAAGAACAUUGAGCUGGCGGGGCCUGCAGACUACACGGUGUCCCAGGGCUCCAGCCUGGCGUUCCACGUUGAUGGGAGCCCCCCCAUGUGGGUGUGCUGGCGCUUCCUGACCAGCUGCCUUCCUGACGUGGCGGCCGGCUGCACGCUCACCAUGCUGUAUGAAAACACCCUGGAGCUGAACCACACCUUCACCUCCACCGGCCUCCACUGCCUGGACAUCAGCGUCCGCAACGACAUCAGCCAGCUGCAGACCUCCUUCAGCCUCUACGUACGGAGAAACGAUCACACUCACCUGCUCUUCAUCCUCACCUGCGCCGCCGUCCUCGUUGCCACUUUCUCCUUUAUUCUAGUCGUCGCCUGUCGCCCCAGGAAACAAAAUGCAUCCCAGGUCGCUGCCUCCAGCAACGCUGCGUUUCUGAAGGACCGGGACGCUGGAGGUGAAAGUGACGUGGUGGUUACCUUCUCCUCCGUGGAGAAAGGAGAGAGGGAGCGUCUCCUCCUGCAGCUCGGCCCCCAGUACUCCUCCUAACCAUCACGCCGCCGCCAUGGGGACCACUUCCUGUUUACGCUGCCUCUUCUGCUCUGAACGUCUAUAUAUGAGCUACUGUGUGCACGACCGGGAUCAUCCUGUUAAAUUAAGCUGAAUUAGUGCCUCAGUGUGUCUAGAUUAAAAAAUAAAGUCGUUAAGCUACGAG